AUGCGUUCGAAGGAUAACUGUAACCUGAUUAACACUGUAACACAAACCUGUACACGCAUUUGCCAUGAAAACUUCUCUAGUAAAACUCAAUACCCCACAUGUCGCACAUAUAAACAUGGUCGCCGCCAUCUUGGAAUAGAAAUCUUCCCGCUCCGAGACGGCAGAGGUAGAAGACCCUCCAGAAGCAAAAAAGCUACAAAUCGAGUGACCGGAAGUUAUAUUCUAGAAGUAGAAGAGUGCAAAUCGAGUUGGCCUCGGGAAGCGCAGCUAGCAGUGUUAGCAAACGAAAAUGCUUUUCUGAAGAAAUAAUUUUCACUAAGGACGAAAUGUGAACAACUACAACAAGCAAAUGAAAAAGGUGUGAACAGAAUUCAGCAUGUGAAGAAGCUCAUUAAAAGAUGGAAGAGAGAACGAAGAUAUCUGGCCAGUAAGUUAGACGAGUACGGUGAUUCUUAUCAGGAGUCACAAGUGCCCCUCAUGUGGGAGGAGGAUCAGAUCUUUAAAAGGAUACGACCAACAAAGAAUGGAGGGGAGCUUAUUCCAGAUACCCAGCCACCAAAGAUCAAACAGGAGCGUCCAGUGGCAGACAUUUUAUCUUCAAUAAAUCCAAUCUUGGCUGCCCAUGGAAUGGCGGAAGUUGGAUCCCAUGGUAGUCCGACAGCUACAUCUUCUGGAAAAUCCAGAAAUCGUUGAGUUCUGGGACGUUCUACUGACUGGAGAACUCACACAAACACAAACACGUGUUACAGGCAAUACUAGCAGGUAGCC